CAGAGCGAGAAGUGGGCGGGGCGGGAGGCGGAGAGGAAGCGGAAGGAAGCGCGCCUGCUCUGAGGGGAAAUAUUUCUGAGGGGAAAUAAGGCCUCGAAGGCCUCACAAACGAGCCUCUUCCACUCAGGCUUCCUUCCCGGCCAAGAAAAAGGAGAUUUUCCUCAGAAGCUUCUCUCAGGAAGCCUUCCUUCCACAGAGACAUCAUUCUAGGCCUCUCCUUCCAUUGAGGCUGCUCAGGCCUUCCUUUCUGGCUCCUUCACCCCCUUCAUGUAUUUCUGAAGCCUUUAGGGAGGGAGCCUUGCAGUCGAAGGUAGCCUUUGGUCAAAAAGUUCUCCCUUUUGGAGCCACCAUGGAGGAAGAAGGCCCUCCGAAGAACCAGCAGCAGCUCCCGUCUCUCCUCAGCCGUGACAUGAGCUAAAAGGAAGGGAAGACCCAGAAGCCAACACGGAAAGCCAACAUGGCUUCUGAAGAGGCUUCGUUGCGAGCUUUGGAGAGUCUAAUGACAGAGUUUUUCCACAAUUGCACUACCAACGAAAGGAAGCGUGAGAUCGAGGAACUUCUAAAUAACUUUGCCCAACAGAUCGGCGCCUGGAGAUUCUGUCUCUAUUUUAUUUCAAGCACAAGAAAUGACUAUGUGAUGAUGUAUAGUUUGACAGUGUUUGAGAACCUGGUUAACAAGAUGUGGCUUGGGGUGCCAUCUCAAGAUAAAAUGGAGAUUCGCAGCUGUCUGCCCAAGAUUCUUUUGACUCACCACAAAACGCUGCCUUACUUCAUCAGGAACAAGCUUUGCAAAGUCAUUGUGGAUAUUGGCCGGCAAGACUGGCCAAUGUUCUACCAUGACUUCUUCACAAAUAUUUUACAGUUGAUCCAGUCCCCUGUGACAACUCCGCUUGGGCUGAUCAUGCUGAAGACAACAUCGGAAGAGUUGGCAUGUCCACGGGAGGACCUCAGCAUCGCACGGAAGGAGGAGCUGCGCAAAUUGCUCCUGGAUCAGGUCCAGACUGUCCUUGGGCUUCUCACAGGUAUUUUGGAAAGCAUCUGGGAUAAAUACAGUGUUACUGCUGCCACUCCACCCCCCUCUCCAACAUCAGGAGAAAGCGGUGACCUUUUAAGUAGCCUGUUACAAAGUCCUAGCACAGCCAAAUUAUUGAACCAGCCAAUCCCUGUCCUGGAUGCAGAGAGCGAGUACGUCUGUUCCUUGGCCUUGGAGUGCCUGGCUCACCUCUUCAGCUGGAUCCCUUUGUCUACGAGCAUCACCCCUUCCCUCCUUACCACCAUCUUUCACUUUGCCCGCUUUGGCUGCGAUGCCCGGGCCAGGAAGAUGUCCUCCAUCAAUGGCAGCAGCCAGAACUCUGUCUUGGGCCAGGAACGUGGCCGGCUUGGGGUGCUUGCCAUGUCUUGCAUCAAUGAACUGAUGUCAAAGAACUGUGUGCCGGUGGAGUUUGAGGAAUACUUACUGCGGAUGUUCCAGCAGACCUUUUACCUCCUGCAGAAGAUCACCAAGGAGAAUAAUGCCCAUUCAGUGAAGAGUCGGCUAGAUGAACUGGACGAGAGUUACAUAGAGAAGUUUACUGAUUUUCUGCGCUUAUUUGUGAGCGUCCACUUGAGGAGGAUUGAAUCCUAUUCCGAGUUCCCCGUGGUUGAAUUCCUUGCACUGUUGUUCAAGUACACAUUUCAUCAGCCUAGCCAUGAAGGUUACUUUUCCUGCUUAGACAUCUGGACUCUCUUCUUGGACUACUUGACCAGUAAAAUAAAGAGUCGCCUAGCAGAUAAAGAAGCCGUACUAAAUAGGUACGAAGAUGCCCUGGUUCUCCUGUUGACAGAGGUAUUGAAUCGAAUACAGUUCAGGUACAACCAAGCCCAGUUGGAGGAACUGGAUGACGAGGCGCUGGAUGAUGAUCAGCAGACAGAAUGGCAACGGUACUUACGCCAGAGUUUGGAAGUCAUCGCCAAAGUUAUGGAGCUCUUGCCAACACAUGCCUUCUCUACCCUGUUUCCAGUUCUCCAGGAAAAUUUGGAUGUGUAUCUUGGACUGCAGCAGUUCAUCGUCUCUUCAGGUUCAGGUCACAGGCUGAACAUCACGGCAGAGAAUGACUGCCGGCGCUUGCACUGCUCCCUGCGAGACCUCAGCUCUUUGCUCCAAGCGGUUGGCCGAUUAGCCGAGUAUUUCACUGGCGAUAUGUUUGCUGCCCGGUUCAGCGAUGCCCUUACCGUAGUGGAGAGAUUGGUCAAGGUGACACUGUAUGGAUCCCAAGUCAAACUCUACAAUAUCGAAACUGCUGUGCCAUCUGUUUUGAAACCGGAUCUCAUUGAUGUGCAUGCGCAAUCCCUGGCAGCUCUACAAGCCUACUGUCACUGGCUAGCGCAGUUCUAUGGCGAAGUUCAUCGACAAAAUCCCGCACAGUUCAUCUCACUGGUCUCUACCGCUUUGGAAGCCAUCACUCCACUUAUCAAUUCAAAAGUACAGGAGAAGUUACUGUUGUCGGCCUGCCACCUCCUUGUUUCCUUAGCCACAACAGUACGGCCGGUCUUUCUGAUAAGCAUUCCAGCUGUGCAGAAGAUGUUCAACAAGAUCACCGAUACCUCUGCUCAACGUCUCCCUGACAAGGCUCAGAUACUCGUGUGCAGAGCCCUCUCAAACGUUCUGCUGCUUCCGGGGCCAAACCUCCCCGAGGGUGAACAGCAGUGGGCCAUUCGCUCCACUAACCAUGCCAGCCUAAUAACCGCUCUCACCCGGGAUUACCGCAGCUUGAAAUCCAGUGCCAUCAUGCCCCAGAGGAAAAUACAGCAGAACGAUACUAAGGUGGUUAUCCAUCAGACGCUCAGUGUCUUGGAAGAUAUUGUGGAGAGCAUCUCUGGGGAAGCCACCAAGUCGCGCCAGAUCUGUUACCAGUCUCUGCAAGAAUCUGUCCAAGUCUCCCUCGCGCUUUUCCCUGCCUUCAUUCAUCAGUCAGACGUGACCGAUGAAAUGCUGAGUUUUUUCCUCACCCUGUUUCAAGGGCUGAGGGUACAGAUGGGUGUCCCUUUCACGGAGCAGGUCAUACAGACAUUCCUCAACAUGUUCACCAGAGAACAACUGGCAGAAAGCAUCCUCCAUGACGGCAGUACCGGCUGUCGCGUGGUGGAGAAAUUCCUGAAGAUCCUUCAAGUGGUGGUGCAAGAGCCUGGCCAAGUGUUCAAGCCUUUCCUACCCAACAUCAUCUCACUCUGCAUGGAGCAAGUCUACCCAAUUGUCGCCGAGCGCCCGUCUCCUGAUGUGAAGGCAGAGCUCUUUGAGUUGCUUUUCCGGGUCCUUCACCACAACUGGCGCUACUUCUUCAAGUCCAGCAUCUUGGCCAGUGUCCAGAGAGGAGCAGCCGACGAGCAGAUGGAGAACCAAGCGCAGUUCAGUGCCAUUAUGCAGGCGUUUGGCCAGUCCUUCCUGCAGCCUGACAUCCAUUUGUUUAAGCAGAACUUGUUCUACCUGGAGACUUUGAACACAAAACAGAAGCUGUACCAUAAGAAAAUCUUCCGAACGGCCAUGCUCUUUCAGUUUGUGAAUGUGCUGCUUCAGGUGCUGGUCCAUAAAUCGCACGACCUCCUGCAAGAGGAGAUUGGGAUUGCCAUCUACAACAUGGCCUCCGUGGACUUCGAUAGCUUCUAUUCAGUGUUUCUUCCAGAAUUCUUAGCCAGCUGUGACGGCGUCGACGCCAACCAGAAAAGCGUUCUUGGACGGAACUUCAAAAUGGACAGGGACCUGCCGUCCUUUACGCAGAACGUGCACAGGCUGGUCAACGACCUGCGCUACUACCGGCUCUGCAACGACAGCUUGCCUCCUGGGACUGUGAAGCUAUAGUUGGCGGCGCCGGACUCGGUUUGAAUCGCUGUGAAGAGCCAAGCAACCCCUUCUCCUUGCGUUGCCACCGCCUCCGCUCCCCAGUGCUGUCAAUCUCCGGUCGGGAGCGGGAGCGCCACCCCCUCCCCACAUUCCCUUCUCGGCUCAUAUCCCGAGUCGGCAGCUCUGAGACCUUCGGGGUGUCUUAAGUCCAAGCGCAGGCCCUCCAGUGCUCUGGUUGUUUCGUUCAUCUUAAUGCCGACAUGGCGACAACCGACCAGGUCUUGUGCAUCAAUCAUGAGGCAGAAACGCCAAAGACGUCUUCAAGAUAUUUCCACCUCCUCGUCAUUCCGCCUGCCUUUCUUUUCUCCCUGACCUUGCCAUUAAGGAGACGCAAACCCCACCACCAUCAUCCCCUUUGUUUUUAAAUUGCCUUGAAGUCUCCCUGCUUGUGGUGAGGACAGAGGGAGAGACCCACAGACUGACUUUUUAAAAAAAACAAACAGGAAAUGUUUUUGUUUUUCUCAUCAUUCCAUUGUGAUACUAAAAUGUGCUUAAUGGGAAUAAAGAAAAUGUGCUUUCUUUGUUUUAAAA